UCGAUCUUUGCGGUUAGAUCGCGUUCUUGAGAGAAGACGAUGAUUGCAUCGAUGCAUUGAAUAGAAACAUCCCUCCUUACGACUGGCUUGAGAAGCCCGAUGCAAAAGCGGCUCUCAAACGUCGAUACGGUGGCAAACUCCUUUCCAAAGACAAAAGACUACGGUACAGCGGUCCGGAGAAGGUGUUCAUAUCUUGCGAGGAAAGGGAAAAACGAAAGUUUCUCGACCAAUACAGGUUAGGAAUCGACACUUUCGAUCCCUUGAUUGAGGGUAUGGGCUGUGGUACCUACAUCUUGGGUAUCGAUGUUAUUUCUUGCAUCUCUCCUGUGAAGCAGAACAUGCAUCUCGCGAUCAUGUCCGGAUCGUGGCGGAAGGGCGGACAAGACAGUAUCCGUCUUUCAGAGAUCACUGAUGAUAUCGCUGGAGGUGACACGUACAUGCUUCACUCCGCACUUAUAGAUCAGGUAAUCUUCUUGCCAUCUCCUGUUGAUGCCAAAGCCUUCCGGAUUGUCGUUGUACCAUCAGCUGCAGCCGGAGCUUCUACGAUAACAAAGACACUUCCAAAACUCAUGGUUCUGGAUGUACCCCGGGAGCACAAACUUGAUGGAACCAUGGGGGAGAAUGCUGGUCCGUACGACACUGCCGAAGAUGUGAUUGAAAGAGUUUUCGACGACAAAUCUAUGAUGGGCGGACAUGGAAAACAUGUUAUUAAACCUGAUCCUGCAGAGUUCAUCAGCAACGUGGGAAACUCGGAACGAAGAGGAAAAGGAGAUAAUGUGCACACGAGAUCCCGCCAACUUGCAACCGCUGUAUACGAAGGUGAACGAACCCGAAGGUUUCCUCUAUUUGCUACCGACUGGAUUGUUCUAUGGAUGGAAAGAUCCUAUUCCACACCUACCCCACGAGUUGGUAAAGAGCGUCGAAAUCUAUGAAGGAGCAAAGACAAAGAAGACAUUCGAUCUCGUAAUUCAUGCAUCGGAACCUUAUUAUCACAGAGGA